AUUAAAAAUUUUAAAAUUAAAACAUUUAAUUAAGGGUGAGCCAGAUCCACUACCGCACCGUAGCCGCGACCCAUAUGGUACAAGAGGAGUAGUAGUGAUGUUGGCGAUUAAUUGGCGGGUCCUUCGUGGAACCCGCCAGUCUCUUUCCUCAUUCUCCCAAAUUCAGCUCAAAUUCACCUCAAAUAAAACCCAAACUCAAAUUCCACUCUUAUUAACCAAACCCAAUAUUUCUCUCUCAUUUUUCUCCGCCACACCCCUCUAUCCUCAUUCUCUCUCUCUCUACACACCAUUUUCACCUGUUUUCUGCUGUGUGUUUUAUGGAAUGACUGAUUACAGCUUGCCCACCAUGAAUCUCUGGAAUAACAGUACUACUGAUGACAACGUUUCUAUGAUGGAGGCUUUUAUGUCUUCCGAUCUUUCUUUUUGGGGUGGUACUACUACUUCUAGUGCUACUGCUACUGCUGCUGCUCUUGCUAAUCCCAAUUAUACUUCAACUGUUUACCCUCCUCCUGGCGCUUCUUGUGCAUCUUCCGUAACGGCUACAGCUGCUGCUGUGACUGUUGAUGCGUCAAAAACCAUGCCAUUUUUCAACCAGGAGACGCUACAGCAGCGUCUUCAGACCCUAAUAGACGGUGCUCGUGAGACGUGGACGUAUGCUAUCUUCUGGCAGUCGUCUGAUUUAGAUUUCUCGAGUCCGUCUGUGUUGGGUUGGGGUGAUGGUUAUUACAAAGGGGAGGAGGAUAAAAACAAGAGGAAAUUAUCUGUUUCUUCUCCGGCUUAUAUUGCUGAGCAGGAACAUCGGAAGAAGGUUCUUAGAGAGCUGAAUUCGUUGAUUUCAGGGACACAAACUGGUACAGACGAUGCUGUUGAUGAAGAAGUUACCGAUACCGAAUGGUUCUUUCUUAUCUCCAUGACUCAAUCUUUUGUCAACGGGAACGGGCUUCCGGGCCAGGCUAUGUGCAGUUCCAGCCCGAUUUGGGUUGCCGGAGUAGAGAAAUUGGCUGCUUCUCACUGUGAACGGGCUCGGCAGGCCCAAGGGUUCGGGCUUCAGACGAUGGUGUGUAUCCCUUCAGCUAACGGUGUUGUUGAAUUGGGUUCGACGGAGUUGAUUAUCCAGAGUUCUGAUCUGAUGAAUAAGGUUAGAGUACUGUUCAAUUUCAAUAAUGAUUUGGGGUCAGGUUCAUGGGCUGUGCAGCCGGAGAGCGAUCCGUCAGCGCUUUGGUUGACGGAGCCAUCUUCCUCAGGUAUGGAAGUUAGAGAGUCUUUAAAUACAGUUCAAACAAGUUCAAUUCCAUCAAGUAAUAGUAAUAAGCAAAUUGCGUAUGGAAAUGAGAACAAUGAUCAUCCAUCUGGAAAUGGGAAUGGUCAUAGUUCUUAUAAUCAGCAGCAUCCUCAUCAACAAACACAAGGAUUUUUCACGAAGGAGUUAAACUUUUCGGACUUUGGGUUCGAUGGAAGUAGUAAUAGGAACGGGAAUUCAUCGCUCUCUUGCAAGCCUGAGUCUGGGGAAAUCUUGAAUUUUGGUGAUAGUACGAAGAAAAGUGCUUGUAGUGCAAAUGGGAACUUGUUUUCGGGCCAUUCCCAAUUUGGGGCAGGUGAGGAGAACAAGAACAAGACCAAGAAAAGGUCAGCUACUUCCAGGGGAAGCAAUGAAGAAGGAAUGCUUUCAUUUGUUUCGGGUACAGUUUUGCCUUCUUCCGGUAUGAAGUCAGGCGGAGGCGAAGACUCUGACCAUUCAGAUCUUGAAGCUUCGGUGGUGAAAGAAGCUGAUAGUAGUAGAGUUGUAGAACCGGAAAAGAAGCCAAGGAAGCGAGGAAGGAAGCCUGCUAAUGGAAGGGAGGAACCUUUGAAUCAUGUUGAGGCAGAGAGGCAAAGGAGGGAGAAAUUGAACCAAAGAUUCUACGCGCUUAGAGCUGUUGUACCGAAUGUGUCUAAGAUGGACAAGGCAUCACUUCUUGGAGAUGCAAUUUCAUACAUAAAUGAGUUGAAAUCGAAGCUUCACAAUACAGAGUCAGAUAAAGAAGACUUGAAGAGCCAAAUAGAGGAUUUGAAGAAAGAAUUAGCUAGUAAAGAAUCAAGGCGCCCUGGUCAACCACCACCAAACCAAGAUCUCAAGAUGUCUAGCCACACCGGAACCAAGAUUGUAGACGCGGAGAUAGACAUUAAGAUAAUGGGAUGGGAUGUUAUGAUUCGUGUACAAUCUAAUAAAAAGAAUCAUCCAGCCGCAAGGUUUAUGGCGGCCCUCAUGGAACUAGACCUAGAUGUGAACCAUGCCAGUGUUUCAUUGGUGAACGAGUUGAUGAUCCAGCAAGCCACAGUGAAAAUGAGUAGCCGUCAUUACACUGAAGAGCAGCUUAGGAUAGCAUUGAUGUCAAGAAUUGCUGAAACGCGCUAAAAAAGACCCUAGAAAGUAGAUAGAACUCAAAGAAAGCAUGUGGGCUUUGAUGGCGCUCUGGUUGCUGCAGCUCUAUGUAAUGUUUUUGUUAUGAAUUAGAGAUUUCAUCAGGCUAUCUUCGUGUUAUUUUUCGAACUUGUACCUUAGGUGGUUGUCGAAAUAUUCUUGUACAUAAAUGUUAUUACCCGAAAACUCAACAUAAUCGGGCUUUAGCUCAUGUAAUUAAACAUAUAUUCCAACUCCGUCUUGUCUGUUAGAUUGCAUCUAUCAUUAUGUAUUCUUUGUCCAUGCAUAAAUGAAGAAAUUUGAUGGCAGGUGAAUUUGAUUUUGAAGCAAA